AUGGUAAUACUACCCGAUCUUCAAGGGAAAUUGAUCAAGGACGUCGUUGUCGGUGAUUACCACUUUCUUGCUAUCACCGAGGCUGGUGAACUAUUGAGUUGGGGACUUGAGCUGCAGUCUAACGGCUGUCUAGGUUUGGGAAGAAUGGAAACACUUGAUAAUUAUGGUGAUAAUAUUCGUCGUGAAGGCUCUGGUUUAAGAGUGACGAAUCCAGUUACGGUGUCAAAGCCAACUAUAGAGCCUGAUACUUUGGAUACCAAGAUUGAUCAGUCCCUAAACCCAAAUCUUAAUGCCGAUUGGGUUCAUUAUAAGGGUGCAUGGAUUAUACACAUCGUGCUUAUUAUCUUUGUCAAACUUUUCUAUGACUUCAUCACUGUUCUCGACAAUGAUUGGAAAUGGGCACUUACAAAUGUGACGUAUAACAUCGGAUCCUACAUAAUGUUUCAUCAAGUGAAAGGGACCCCUUUCGAGUUCAAUUCUGGCGCAUACGAUAAUCUCACAAUGUGGGAACAAAUUGACAACGGGGACCAGUACACUCCUACCAAAAAGUUUUUGAUGAUGUCGUCUUUUUACAUCCCCAAUCUAAUACGGAAGGCCAAAGUUAUCUAUAGUACUGAGAUGCCAUACAAUUUAAGUGACAAGCAUAAGCAACUUGUUGAAGGCUCCUUGCCUGAAACAGACCCCGAGGUGAACGACAUCAUUAAUGACGAGAUCUCCAGGCAAAAACAUUCUAUCGUAUUAAUUGCUAGUGAGAAUUUCACUACCAAGGCAGUUUUUGAUGCUUUGGGAACUCCGAUGUGUAACAAGUAUUCCGAAGGCUACCCUGGAGCUCGUUACUAUGGUGGAAAUGAACACAUCGAUAGAAUGGAAAGAUUGUGCCAAAGCAGAGCAUUAAAGGCAUUUCAUGUCUCUCCAGAGAAGUGGGGUGUCAAUGUUCAAACUUUGUCAGGAUCACCAGCAAACUUGCAAGUCUACCAAGCCAUUAUGAAGCCGCAUGAGAGAUUAAUGGGAUUGGAUUUGCCACAUGGGGGUCACUUGUCUCAUGGCUAUCAAACUGACUCAAGAAAGAUUUCAGCAGUCUCGACCUAUUUCGAAACAAUGCCUUACAGAGUUGAUUUGGAAACCGGCCUCAUUGAUUAUGAUAUGUUAGAAAAGACCGCAGUCCUCUACCGUCCAAAAGUCUUAGUAGCCGGAACUUCUGCUUACUGCCGGUUGAUAGACUAUAAAAAGAUGAGAGAGAUAGCUGAUAAGGUAGGUGCAUAUCUCGUUGUAGACAUGGCCCAUAUCUCUGGUCUUGUUGCAGCGGGCGUUAUUCCAUCUCCUUUCGAGUAUGCGGAUAUCGUCACAACUACCACACACAAAUCUUUGAGAGGCCCUAGAGGCGCUAUGAUAUUUUUCAGAAGAGGUGUUAGGUCGGUAAACCCUAAGACAGGCCAGGAAGUGCUUUAUGAUUUGGAAAAUCCUAUCAACUUUUCUGUGUUCCCUGGCCACCAGGGUGGUCCACACAACCACACCAUUGCGGCAUUAGCCACCGCAUUGAAGCAAGCUGCAACUCCUGAAUUCAAGCUCUAUCAAGAGCAAGUCCUCAAGAACGCUAAAGUUUUGGAAACCGAAUUUCUCUCGAAAGAUUACCUGUUAGUCUCGAACGGGACUGAUUCUCAUAUGGUCUUGGUUUCUUUAAGAGAUAAGCAGAUUGAUGGCGCACGUGUGGAAGCUAUUUGCGAGCUCAUCAAUAUAGCUCUAAACAAGAACUCCAUUCCCGGAGACAAGUCCGCCUUGGUUCCCGGUGGUGUGAGAAUCGGAAUGGGCGAAGAUGAUUUUAAAAAGAUUGUUGAGUACAUCGACUUCGCCGUGAAUUAUGCUAAGAAAGUACAGGCGUCAUUGCCAAAGGAAGCCAAUAGGCUUAAAGACUUCAAGGAAAAGAUCUUGCAGCAUGAUGAAAAAUUGGAGGCCAUCAAGCUGGAAAUUCACGAAUGGGUCGGUACCUUCCCCUUAUCAGUUUAA